AUGUCCUUCACUCCCUAUCUCGAGUUACCAUUCCCAGUGGGAAGCCUGACCCAACGCUUGUCAUUUUGCGUGUUUCACUUUCUCUCCGGGUCUUUCUUCUACGACAGCGUCCACUGGCUGGCUCACCAUUCCCAGCGGUCUCGGUUCCGGGUACUUCGGCUGCUUGCAAAAGCGCACGCCAUCCACCACCAGUAUUUUGACCGUAACUUGAGAUACAAUGAACGGUUUCGCUCUCAAAAUGUCAAAUGGCACCUGCCACUAGAGUUGUUGUGCCAGAUGAUUGGUAGCACGAUGAGUUGGACAUUCUGCCUCCUAGCCUUCCGAGGACUCGCGCUCGACAUGGCACCGGACUUGAUCCUGGUACUCUUCCUUCAGGUUGCUCGGACAGCUGUGGUUGCCUGGAACUCCGGCCACGAUUCCAAUCAUAUUUCCUACCCGCGACUUCCAAAAGACCCCUUCACAUUCUUCGUUGGGCCUCAGUACCACGCGCUACAUCACAUCGACCCUCUCAACUACUUCGGGUCGAUGACACGCCUGCUCGACUGGUGGAUGGGCACCGCGGUCUCACUCAGGGGCCGGCGUGUGACGAUGACAGGGUCUAGUGGAGCACUCGGGCAGGCUUUGGCCGAACAGCUCCGCCUGGAAGGCGUGCGAUCCAUCUCAGCCCCCAAGUUCGGAAUCGACUGGACGUAUGACGACUAUUCCUACUUCGAGUCGACGCUCCAAAACACGGACGUCCUUAUCCUCACCCACGGCUCCAAGAACGGCAAGCACGACUUCGAGGCGAACUGCGAUUCCGCCGUCAAGAUCAUCGAGAUCUUCAGAGAGUAUUGCAAGCGCCGCAAGCUCGGCCUUUUGCCGGAGGUCUGGUAUGUCGGCAGCGAGGCCGAACUCCACGGGGCCUGGACAAGCGACAUGCAGACCUACACCGGCUCGAAACGGGCGUUUGUCCGCCACGCGAGGGCCUUCUACGAUGAAGAAACUUUCAACUACCGCCACAUCGUCCCGGCCGCGUUCGCCUCCAGCAUGGGGCCAGGGCUCGUGAGCGCGAGGUGGGCGGCCAGGGUGGCGAUGUGGUGGAUACGGAGAGGAGCAAGAUACGUGCCCGUUACGUACACUGGGUUGGCGCUUGUCAACUUUUUAAGAUUUAAGCUGGGGAGAAGGCUUGCAAACCAGCAGGGUCGUAAGCCGCAGGGUUCAACGUCGCUUGAAGGUCCGGAACCGGGCGGUAAACCAGCGUUGUCAUUGAGGAGUCUUUGAGGGGUGUAAAUUGUAAACAUAGAUAUGGGGUUUAAAAUCUGAUUGCAGUUUAGCGUCUACAUAUUCCAAGUCCACAGGGGUGGUCAAACUCCUCUUUUGCCUGCUUCCACGGGGCUCAACGGGGGAAGCCUGGUCGCCUUUAAUGAGCCAAAACCUUAACCUAAAGUACAAUAACGUUUUUGCUGUUGAGUGAUGGGUCAAAUUAAUCAGUUUUCUUGAUGAUUGAUAUGUGUAAUUGCGCGUCGGCUGAAAUUUGUCCAUCUUUAUUGCAGUCUUUCAUUAGGCCACAGCUACCGGCUGUCAUCGGUGUUCUUUGGGCCGCUUCUCCUGCAAACCCUGAGCAAUAACCUGGAUUGACUUGAUCGCCGGCGCACCACGAGGUAAUCAACCUUGCCGCACAUGAGGACUAAACUUUGACACUCAUUGUAUAAGCGACAUCGUAAGGCGAGCAAGGUUGUCCAUGGCCUUCUAACAAAUCUUUGUCCUACGGUUGUACCGCCUCUCAAAUGAUCUCUGAAAAUAUGUAUCUAAAUAGCCCCUGCUGGUAGACCUGCUACC